GGAUCUCAUUCUCGCCGGCGGCGGCGGUUAGUUGAUUUCUGACAUUGACCUUAAGUGCACUGUUCCUUGGACUAUAAGGACAUUAUUUUAUAAUCUAGUAUCUGGACAUCGUAGACUAUAUUCUAGACCAGAAGACAAACAUCAGGAUACAAAUUUAAUAUCGUCAGGAAGCCAAGUUCGCAAAGGAUGGCUGUAACCCGAGUAAUAGCAAUAACAGGAUGCGACAGUGGUCUGGGCUGGGCUAUUGCAGCCAGGGCAGCCAGGCAAGGCCUCGUUACAGUAGCUGGUAUGUACCAGGGUACGGAGACGAAUGCUGCUCAAGCUCUGAAGAAAUUACGUGCCCAUACUUGUGAGUUAGACGUUACUAGACCAGAGAGUGUCGCCGGUUUCAAGGAUUACGUGACAAAACUUAUAGAAGACAAUACUGAUUAUAAAUUGUACGCUCUUGUUAACAAUGCAGGAAUAAUGCCUACAGGCGACUUCGAGUGUCAAACGUGGAGCAUGAUAGAAAAUGUUAUUAACAUAAACUUACUCGGGUCCAUGAGAGUUACUUCAGCAUUUUUGCCCGACCUUAGAAGAAAUGCCAUAGAUGGCACAUGUCGUCCUCGUAUAAUCAACGUGGCCAGUCACUGCGGUUUGGAGCCGCUGCCGGCGUUCGGACCGUACAGUGCUAGUAAAGCGGGCUUGUUCGCGUGGACACGGUCUUUACGCUACGAACACCGCCCGCACGGACUGGCCGUUGCGGCUUUCGUGCCAGGUGGUUUUGUUACGUCGAGCAAUAUCCUUGCAAGUCAAGAAGCCUACGGAGAAGCAAUGCUGGAACAUUUGGACGAAGAACAAAAGUUAUUUUACGAAAAAAAAAUUCAAUCCGUUACAAAACAUCUUCGAGCAGCAUCUCAAAAUACAAGCUAUGAUUCUCUAAAAGACGAAAUGAUUAUUGAAACUUUUAUGAAAGCAUUGUUAGUCGAUUCUCCUAAAGAAAUAUACAAAGUAGAAUCUAUGUGGCGAUACAAAAUAUACUACACAUUGUUAAAAUUACCUCUUCCAGAAGCUUUUCAUUACUGGCUUAUAAAAAAGUUUAGAAAUUUCCCCGAAUAAAGAAAAUACUUACUUACCUGUUAAAAUAUUCCUAUUAUUUUUAAUUAAUAACUCAUAACGUUAUAACUAUGAAUUAUACAGGGUGUUAGAUAGUGACUUAGUAACAAAUACUUAGGGGGUUUGUUCAUAAUUAUCAUGAUUUUGAGUUAAUAUCAUUUUUUUUUUUAAUUUUAUUUUUAAUUAUAAUAUUCUAACUAGGCCGAAACCAAGUCUGGCGUAUUUUUGCAGAUUUAAGGCCGAAGCCACUUAGUUUGUUUCCACGAUUAUUAUUCUGAACCAAAUUGUAAUGUGUUUAAUAAAGUGUUUUAUUAUUAUU